AUGGAAGCAUCAGCAGCUCCUCUCGAGGAGAACAAGCCAGUCUACAGUCCAGUGGCCAUUCAACAUAACAUGGCAGUUCUGGAAUACUGUCGGACAUGCGGAGCAUCGUUAGGCGGCGCGGCAGCCGGAAUCAUUGGACUUACUGGCAUCCAAGGGUUCUUGUUUGUCCUGUUUGUCCUACUCGCAACAAAUACGUGUAUAUUUAUAAAGGCAGGCCUGGGUCAGUCGCAUAAGUAUUUCAUCUCGUCGAAAUCAGUGGUGACUUCGUCUAUUUUCAGUUUUCUCUUCACCUACGUCUUGUUUUGGACUUUCUUCUACGGAAUUGUACACGUGUACUAA